AUGGUACACCUUGUGGCUGUACCAGAUUCAAUCACGGCAAGUGGCUGUGCUUGUGUCUUUAUUGACACCAUCUUCCGACUUCAUGGGUUGCCCCGUGAACUCGCAUUAAACAGAGAUCCACGCUUCACUGCUGAUUUCUGGCGUUCCGUGUUCAAGUCACUCGGAACGCACUUGAAGAUGUCAACAUCUGAUCAUCCAGAGUCAGAUGGUCAGACGGAACGUGCCAAUCGUGUCCUUGAAGAGAUACUUCGAGGAUACGUACACUCCUUUAAGAGUUGGAGUGAGUUUUUGCCGAUGGUAGAGUUUGCCAUCAACAACUCGGUGCAUGCGUCCACGACACAUACACCGUUUUACGUGAAUGGCUUGCGCCAUCCGCGUGUACCCACCUUACUAGAGUGUAACUCUGGUUUAAGGGGGGGAGGGACUCGCGCGAGCAAAAACCGAUUUGGUUCACGCUCAUCACGCUCUGACGAAGAGGUCAUUGCGUUUGAUGCCGAUAUCGAUAACAUCGAUAUCGAAGAAGAUGAUGCCAGUGAGAGUGCGGAAGCCCUCACUGAAGACAAUGAUCCCAGUGAGAGUGCGGAAGCCCUCACUGAAGAAAAGGUUGUUGUCGCUGCAGUGCGCUCACAGCACACUGAAGCUAACGAGUCAUCAGAUGAGUUCAUACUGGCUCGUGAAACGGUAGUCCGUUUUGUGCAAGACUCCAUCGCCGAAGCGGUGGAUAAGCAAAAGCGAAACGCUGACAAGAAUGGAAGGGCAAACACUCUUUUAUUUAAUAAAAGGUGA